AUGGCAGAAGUGAAUGAACAGCCGCUUCCUGGAACCAUACAGCUGUUUGUGCAGAGCGACCAGGAACUUCGCGACCAGGAAAUCACCUUGAUUCCACCGCCUACAUCGAGUCCGAAUGAUCCAUUGAACUGGUCGCCAUGGCGGAAGUACUGGCAUGCGGGCCUCGUCCUUUUCAUCACUGGCCUGACCGCCGCAACUUCAAACAGUGCUGGAGCCGCCGGAGACGGAAUGCUGGCCGAGUUGGGCAUUCAGUAUUCCGUUGCGAACACUGCGGCAGGAGUGCUGUUCAUUGGCAUUGGUUAUUGGACGUUGUUGGCCAGUCCCAUGCCAUGGCUGUACGGACGUCGUAUUCAGUACCUAAUCAGUCUGCUGUUCUCCGUGGGCGGUUCUAUCUGGUUUGCACGCAUCCGCGGCGUGCAAGAUUCUGUCUGGUGUCAGCUGUUUGUCGGAGCAUCGGAAGGAUGUGCGGAGGCGUUGGCGCAGCUGUCGCUAUCUGAUCUAUUCUUCCAGCACCAGCGCGGAUCGGUCCUAGGAGUAUACAUUCUUGCCACCUCCGUCGGUACCUUCAUGGGCCCUCUGGUAUCGGGAUACAUUGCUGCCGACAAUUGGAGAUGGGUUGGUUGGACAGGAGCGAUUAUAUCCGGUGCCACGCUACUUGUAUUCUGCUUCGGUCUAGAGGAGACAUCGUUCCACCGGGAAGCCAUCUUAGGCCGACAUCUGGGCGGGCAGUCACUUCAAAACAUCGGCGAAGAUGAGAAAACGGCAGAUAAAACACAGCUUGACGUCAGAGAUUCACGCGAGAGCAAUACUUUACCGGGAGAUCGGGCAAGAACGUACCCGCAGCGGAUCGCUCUUAUCACGCCAGCUCCGAACAUGAUUGGAACAGGGUUCAAGCAGUACUUUCACCGGCUAUUUCACACGUUGCGAGUCUUUGGAUUUCCUGCCGUGCUUUACAGCGGAUUACAAUGGGGUGCCCAAGAUGCAUGGCUGACUUUCUACUUAACCGUCGAGGAGGACAAUUACUAUGGCCCACCAUGGAAYUACUCCAACUCCGCCGUAGCCAUAAUGAACGUCCCGACACUCAUCGGGGCGACAUUGGGCUGCAUCUACGGCGGAUGGUACUCUGACGUAUUCGUCCGCUGGAUUGCUAGAAAGCGUGGCGGCGUCAGUGAGGCCGAAGAUCGACUUUGGUUGAUGUUUCUGUCAGCCAUCAUCAACCCUGCAGGCCUGAUGCUUUUCGGGAUUGCGUCGGAUAAAAGUUUGAACUGGCCAGCAGCCUAUGUAGGGCUGGGGAUGAUUGGCUUCGGAUUUGGUUGUGCCGGUGAUAUCUCCAUGGCCUACCUUAUGGAUGCCUACCCUGACAUGGUUCUCGAGGGAAUGGUCGGGGUGGCCGUGAUCAACAACACGUUGGCUUGCCUCUUCACCUUUACGACAAGCUAUUGGCUUGAAGCCAGUGGCCUUGCGAACACUUUCAUUGCCAUUGGAAUUUUGUCUUUUGCCUUUCAAAUGACCACGGUCCCAAUGUUGAUUUGGGGCAAAAACUGCAGGCGCUGGACAUUCGAAAGGUACCAGAGGUUCUUGUACCUGCGAGACGGACAACGAUGA